CGUGCUGAAGUGCGCGUGACAUGUUCUUUAGGAUGCUAGAACUGUGGAGUUGAGAAGAAAAUAAAUGAACAGUUUAAUCGAAACCAUGCACUUUCCUCAGUGCGUGUUGAAUUGAUAAAGUAAGUCAAGUCGUUUAGUUUAUGAGGCUAAAAAAGAAAAAAAGCUUAACGAGAUCAAUUGCUUUUAACUGUUUUUAUUUCCGCUAGCAUGUUUGCUAAAUGAGCUGAGUCUACACGGUACAUUAUUGUAAGAUGUGUUCCGACACGGUUUCACAUUAGAAAAUGUCAGUAAAAUAACAGUUUAGAAGAUGCGUUAUUUACAUGUCUAUUAAAGGUCUGAAUAAAACUCGAUAUCUCAUGGAAUGGGAGCGUAAUUCCCAAGAAAAGCAACAGCAGCAGCCUCUAAAGCACAGGAGAUCAGGAACAUGAUGUCCACCUGAACCUAACAGCAAGCACGAUCACAAAUUCCAUCUUACUGGCUGUACAGUUAAUUUCAACAUUGUUUAAAUUAAUGCUGUAGAAACACUCGUCCACUAUGCUGAGUCGCCUUCAGGAGCUCAAGAAGGAAGAGGAGACUCUUCUGAAAAUAAAAGUCAUGCUGCAAGAUCAGCUCAACAGACUUAAGUUUGAGGAAGGGACCCUGAGGUCAAUGAUAAAUGCCCAGUCUGAAGAAAGCCCAAAUGAACCCCCUGCCCCUGAGGUGGAAGUCAACCUAGAUGAUGAGACUGAGAUCAACCAGACCAAAUUAGUAUUAGGUGCUCAAACAGACUAUGACAUGGAAGAAGAAGAGGAGGAAGAUGACGAUGAUGAGGAUGACGAUGCAGAUGGAGACCUUGAUAUGGUGCUAGAAGAUGAGGAAGAUGAAGAUGACUACUGACUGUGCCUGCAAUGACGGUGUUAUCAUUUACUCCUGUGUUUGGGUGUGUAGUCUGCACAUUUGGCAUGCUGAUAGAGACUACAUCAGUCUCUCUGUCUUAGAUUGGUGUUGCUUUAGAUAAACCGUUGGUUCACCCAUCUUUAAAAUCCUCCAAAAGUAUGUGUAGCACAAAUACAACUCCUCCUAUUACUGUGCUGUUGGCCAAGCCUGCACUUUAUGUAUUUUUUAAAUACAUAUAAAUUAAAGAUUGCACCAAUUCUGUUUCAUGGUGUUCACCGAGUUUAUGCUGUACUAUAUAGGCUUUAUUUAAUAUUGUAUUGUAUUGCUUUCAGAUUGAAUGCAUUACGAUUAUGAAGCUGAUGAUAAGUAUUAUGUAUGUUCAUGUUGUGAGGUAAUUGCAGAGGUACUUUUUCUAUUUGGAGUGAGUGUGUGGACUAGGUUGUGUAUGCAUGGGCAUGACAAUUGUUCUAGCUGAGCCAGUAUUCUAACUUUUUUUUACAGAGUUCCUAUGUUUUCUUAGAGACCGAUUUUAAAGAAGGUGCUCAGCGUAAUUGCAUUUUAAAACACUUCAACUUAGCACUGUUUCUUUAACAGAGCGAUGCAGGUCGUUUAGUUAGGUGUUUUGGUGUUGCCUUGUUUUAAGUGUAUGAUGUGUGAAUGACAAAUUUAAUACACAGCUAGGUACAUGCUAAUAAAGGCGAGUAUGAUGACA